CUCAAGCGAGUACCUAGGUCCGGAAGAAGUAGAGCAACCCAUGGUCCACAGGCGAAGUCGUGUAACUUAGUGUCCAGCUGUAGUUUCACCUUCCGCAUUCUAAAUUAUCUGAUUAUGAUCUGUUGAAAAUGAGCUGGAACCCCUUUAGCAUCCUAAAGACCCCUAAAAAACCAUUAAUUUCCCGAACGGCAGAAAGAGAUUUUGAAAAAGAAGUGAAGAAGCUUAGAAGAAUAUGUUUGUGCAGGCUUGAUGAAGUGACAAAGCGCCUACACAAAGAUGGAAAAAGACUUGUCGAUGCAAACACAGCCCUGACAAAAGCAGAGAGACGACUGACACAGGACCUGCAGAACACCCCACUGUGUCAAGCUGAGAAGGAGCUGAAGUGGAUUGUGGAGGAAUGGGACCAUGCCCUUGUGGCACUAGAUUUACAUUCACAGGAAACAAAUAGUGUGCUGCAAAAAGCUGUUAUAGAUCCUAUUAAAAAGUUCAACACUAUUUUUCCCCAUGUUCAAGCUGCAGUGAAGAAGCGAGAGCAGAGUUUACAGGAAGUACAAAAAUGUCAGAACAAAUUCACCAGGUACCAGGGACGUGAGAGAACAGGGCAAAAUCUGGUCAAGCUGCAUUCAAGUAAAGACGCCCUUCAGCAAGCUGAGCAGGAAUUCAGUGCUCAGAAUGCAGCACUGAUGGAGGAGAUGCCACGGUUGUAUGAGAGUCGAAUACAGUAUUUUGAGCCGUCACUAGAGGCUCUAAUUAGGUCGCAGGUGCAGCACACUACAGAAGCCUUCAGGAUAUAUGGAGAGCUUUCAAACACCAUGAACGGACAGAAGGAUUGCUCCAACAGCGAAUAUGCUAGCCGAAUCCAGCAGUCAUUAGCAGAGAUUAAGGCCCUUUCUAUCACUGUUGACUAAAUUAAUACUUGCAUGAGAGAUGAAUUAAAAAGUUCUCUGUUUGAAUGACCUUAUUCAACCAAGAGACUUGGCAGUGAAACUAUUGUGACAAAAUACUAUAUUAGAUGGACUUAUACCUUUAUGUACAAUUAGUCUCCCACAAAGAGAUUGUUGAUGAGGAACAUCAUGGUUCAUUCCACAUCAGUGAGAGUAAACUGGCAGAACUAUGUGCCACAUUCACCCUGCUCAACCAUAGGACUGGCUUUCUGCUAUUUUGCAAAAUGGUACCAAAUCCAAGGCUGUGAUUUCUGCUGGAAUCAUACUUUUAAAAAAAACAACAGUAACAGCAACAUUCUUGUUCACAGAGAGAAAGCUGCUUCCUGGUGUUUAUUAAGUGCAAUAUUUUUUAGGUGCAUAGUUCUUUAAGUUUCAAGUCAUGUGUGGUCCCAAGAUUUGUGUUGGUAGUAUUUUCAUGCCAGAGUGGAACAGCAAUCUAUGUACUCAUAGUAAACAUGUAGUACAAAAGAUCUUUGAAAGUUCCAUUAAAUUUCAGAUUAUCUAAGCUG